AUGUCUUGGCCAGAGAAGAAGCAAUCGCCGCCGCCGUCUCCGAUCACGUCACUUCCGGAGGACGUCGCCGUUGACAUCUUAGCUCGCUUACCGAUAUGUGACUAUCCGAGAGUAUCUCUCGUUUCGAAGCGCUUCCGUUCGCUCGUUUCGUCGCCCGAGAUAUACGCGAGGCGACGAUCUUCGCCGGGCUGCACCGAGCAUUGUCUCUACGUUUUCCUCUAUAACUAUGCCAACCGCGUGAACCGUUUGUAUACGCUCCGCCGCAGCAAUAGCAGCAGCCGCUUGGUCCUAAUCCCUGGGCUGCCUCCUGCUAUACCUCCUUAUGGAAGCUUCGCAGCUGUGGGUUCGAGGAUCUAUGUGUUUGAUGGGGUUAAUUCUUCUUACACCAUCGACUGUACAUCUCACACCGUGCAACAUCUCCCCAGGAUGCCUGUGCCCUUGUCUAAUACAGUAGCUGACGUCGUUGGCGAGAGAAUCUACGUCGUUGGAUAUCACGAUGCCGAUCCAAAGUCGAAGGCCAUGUUGGAGUUCAACACAGAAACACAAACAUGGAAAGGUCCGAUGACAGUGCCGGGGAUGCAGAUACGUGAUGGAUGUGUGGUGGCGAUGGCUGGUAAGAUGUACAUUAGGGAUUUCGAGAAGAGCUUUGUGUACGACCCAGAGGAAAGCAAAUGGGAGACGGACGAGGUGCUGAGUUCCAAGUGUUGGGGUGAGAGCGCUUGUGUUGUUGAUGAUGUUUUGUUCUUUUACGAUUGGUCUGACAAUGAGUUGAGGGCGUAUGAUCCAGAGCGCAAGUGUUGGCAAGUGGUGAAAGGUUUGGAUGAUUUGUUGGCUGAGAUAAGAGGUGUUGCUUGUUGUUGGUUGCAGACUGUGAGUUACGGUGGGAGACUGGUUUUGUUAUAUGGAAAAGGAGAAUUCUUGUAUAUAACCAAGGAGGUUUGCUGCGCGGAGGUUUCGCUGGAAAUACGCCAAGGGGGUCAGAUUUGGGGUAAAGUUUAUCAGUGGUGUGAUGAUCAUGCUUUGAUCGCUGGUAAUUUUAUCAUUAGGAAGUCUCUAGAUGUUGUGCUUUGA